GUAGUUUUGAUGUUUGUUUUGUUUACAGCAAAAAAAAUUUGAAUUUUCAAACGAAUAUUGUUCGUAAUGAAAAAAUCUCUUUUCGAUUCAAUUAUUGAUGAUUUAAAAAGUUUAACAGAAAAAAAUGGCGUGAAUCAAAUGAAAAUAAUCAUCGAUGCUAUUUGCGAUAAAUAUUCAUUAGAUUUUUCACUUGUUUAUAGUUUGGUCAGCUAUGAAUUUCGUCGAGAAUUCCCGAAUAAAUAUUCGAAUACCAAAGCUAAUAUGCAACAAAUUCUUCAGGAAUGGAAGGAUACUACCAAUGAAACGUUAUCGAUUCUAGAAUUGGCACAAAAAUACAAUGUCAGUGCCUAUUCAUUGAUGCGAUUUAUUGUCAAUCAAAUAUCGCCGAAUAAAGAGAUUGCCAAACAAUGGUUGAAGAAUCCGAAUGAUUGUGAUAAUGGACGAUUAGCUUAUGAAAUUAUGGAAAUUAAUUUAUAUGAUAUGAUGGAUGGUAUUUUUACACAACAAAUGCGUCUAAAUGUUGGAUUGUCAUUUGAAUUGGAAAUUCGUGAUUAUCUUCAAAAGAAUAAGAUUUCAUUCCUAUGUGAACAACAACUACGCGAUCGAAACUAUGAUGUAACGCCAGAUUUUUGUCUUAAUCUACCAUUAAUAUUAGUACGAUCGAACAACAAAACUGAUGAUUCGAACGAUAAUAAUAUACGAUUAUUUCGAACAAAUCAAUUGGAUCAAAUCAAACAACAAUCAAUCGACGAUGAUAAACAGAUAAUAUUAAUCACUUGGAUCGAAUGUAAAGCAAUGUUUGCAUCAAUCGAAUGUCAUGUCGAUUAUUAUGAACGACAAUAUCAAUCAUAUAUUAAUCGUUUUGGUAAUGGUAUUGUACUUUAUAAACAUGGCCUAAUCGAUGAUGCUUUACCAACAGAAUUUACUCGUAAUUUAGUUAUCAUCCAACAGAUGCCAGCAUUUGUGCCUGAAAUUUGAUUUUAAUUUUUAAAUUUCGUUUGUAAAAAAAUCUUUUUUUGACUACCAUCUUUGCAUGAGGAUUAUUUUAUUUUUG